GAAGAAUUUUGACGGAAACGCGAUUUUAUCUUCAAAAUAAACAGAUGGAAAACGUAGGGUUAGACGCCAGGUUGAUAGCUUAAACACAACCAGCAAUGGCGCCAGUUAGCAUACUAGUAUUUCUUGGGUUGAUAUUUGUUUCUUAUAUCUGUGCUGUAGAUGCUGAAACACACCAAAGACAAGUGGUAUGCUAUCCUAGGCUUGGAUGUUUUAGCAUUCAACCACCUCUAAACAAUACCGAUGUUCUCCCUAUGAACCCCUCGUAUAUAGACACCAAAUUCCAUCUCUUCACCGACUACCACGAACGAACACCAAAAACUAUUUCAGAGAACGACCUAAACAGUCAUAAACGGACUGGCUUUCGGCCUGAUCUGGACACAGUGUUCAUCAUACAUGGCUUUCUGCAAAAUGGUAGAGUGGAGUGGAUGGUCCACAUGGCGAUGGAGUUAUUGAGAAAAAAACCUCAGAAUGUAAUACUUGUGGACUGGGGGAAUGGAUCGGGCUUUCCCUAUAACCAGGCAACAGCGAACACCCGUGUAGUGGGGGAAGAAAUUGCAGCACUCAUCACAUCGUUAAACAGGAUGUUCGGUACUACUAAUUCCAAAUAUCAUCUCAUUGGUCACAGCUUAGGUGCGCACAUCGCCGGAUAUGCAGGGUCACGACUUCCGGAAUUAGGCCGUAUCACAGGUCUUGAUCCUGCCCAGCCAAAUUUCGCGAAUUUUGAUAUUCAAAUUCGUCUAGAUCAAAGUGAUGCUGUAUUCGUGGACGCCAUCCAUACAGACGGUUCUGACUACGACACGAUAUCAGGAUAUGGAAUGAUGCUCCCCGUGGGACACAUGGAUUUUUACCCUAAUGGCGGAAGCAAUCAACCCGGCUGCCCCAGACAAAGCUUUAUGAAUAUCAUCACCGAGGAAUACGAGGACGGAACAUCUAGAACGGGCAACAUUAUAAGUUGUAGUCACAGUCGCUCCAUUUCACUCUUUAUGGAAUCCAUCAACACCCCAUGCCCAUUCGCGUCGUUUCAGUGUUCCAGAACACGUGACUUCUUGGCGGGAAACUGUUUCGACUGCGGAGGCUUACCCUGUCCAACGAUCGGAUACAACGCAAUCAAAUACAGAGCCAGGGGGAAAUUCUAUCUGGCCACAAGAUCGAGUGUUCCAUUUUGUGGACACCAAUAUCUAAUUCGUCUGGAGCUUGGGAAUUUUAAUCAACCAUUAUACGGGACUUUACGACUGAAAUUCUUGACUACCAGCGGGAUUUCAGAUUGGAUUAUUUUCAGCGGCUUGAAUCGACCAUUCAUUUCUGGACAGACUCGCAGUGCCAUGCUUGUUGAACUCUCUAAAUUGGGAGGUAUUCAGCAAGCUCAACUCGAGUUUCGUGAACAAAGUUCGUAUUUCUCCUGGAGUUACAACAGAGGGAUAGUUAUAAGAAAAAUUACCAUCACUACGGCGGAAACAGACAAAUCAGUCUACUUUUGUGGAGACCAGUUAAGAAUGACGUCACGUCGACCCGCUGGCCUGCAUAGACCACAGUACACCUCUGACUGUUGAAAGUCACAUCACAGACUGCUGAACCGCAGAACAUCCCCAAAUUGUUGCAUCACAGCGAUGUAAUGUGUCUGUAGAUCGUAUUGUUGAAUCGCAUGCUGCUGCACCGUUAUCUGCCGAUCGACUAUUGAUUUUUUGGUUUGACUGCAUUUUGUAUUGAAUUUGGUCAUUGCAUGUGCAUUAUAUGUAUUGGACAUAAAAAGUCAUGCAUAUUAUCGCCAUAAGCUUGCAAUCUACAAUGUUAAUAUUCGUUGUCUAUAUGUGUACACAGUAAAUAGACUUUAUAUUGUAUAAUCUUUCAAAGAUGGACAUUUUCCCCUACUUUGUAAUCGAUAAUUUUGUUUGAAACGUUUAAUCAGUUUUAGCAUAUUUAAGCAUCUAUUAGUUUUAAUAAUAAAGAUUUGGAAUAAUGAA